AAGAGAUGAGAAGAGAAAGAAUAACAUUUGACUUCAUUUUCUUAGAGAGAGAAAAGAAGAAAAUAAAAAGAAAACAGAAUGAAGAUGGAGAAAAUUCAAUCCGAUCGAAUACAAUUUUGACGUCCGCAAGGACACCCACACUCUCUCUUCCCUUUCUCUCUCUAAACGGUCUCUCUCUUUCUCUACAGCAGACGAUAGCAGGGCACACAACUCAUAUACUGAUAGAGAGAGAAAACAACAACAAAAAAAAGGCGAACUUAAAAAAGAAGGUAGAUUUUUGGCGAACUCAGCGUACAAAAACCCUAGAGUUCAGAGACCCUUCCGACUUGAAUAAGCUCCUUCUUCGUCUUUAUGCAACAAAGAGAGUUUUUCUUUUUUGUUCUUUGGUUGAUUAUAGAGAAUUUUUGGGAUUGUGGUAUAUGCUUUUGAUUAGAGAAAUCUGUCUUGUUCACUGUUGUCCCUCUCACUACCGUUAAUUUCUACUGCGGAUAUUCAUGCGAGGACCAUUGGAAGAUUGCUGGUCGUGUGAAGAUAGCGGGACUAUAGAAUGUUCAGAAUCAAGACAUGUUCUUUUGAUUUUGAUUGCUUUGGUCUUUGGCUUGUGUGUCGUAAAACCCAACACCAGCUGCUCGGACACGGAACCUACUCAUUUCAAUUGGUGCACAAUAAGGACUUCACAAUAAGGACCUUGAAGUCAGCAGCUUUAGAUAAGGAGUUGAAAUGCUAAGUAGGUGCAGCUGUAUGUGUCCUUCAUUCUGAUUUGUUAGGCUUAUUCAAUUCAUGUUGUUUUAGAUAGUUGUAAUACUUAGAGAAGUGCUUGUAGAUUGUCAUUCUUGAUAAAAUGGUACCCUCGGGGCCACCGACGCCAAUUGGUGGUGCCCAGUCUGUUUCUCCUUCGCUUUUGAGAUCAAAUUCGGGAAUGCUAGGAGCUCAAGGAGGUCCUCUGCCUUCUCAGACUGCAUUCCCUUCGUUAGUGUCUCCACGCACUCAGUUUAAUAAUAUGAAUAUGCUUGGAAAUGUCCCCAAUAUGUCCUUCCUUAAUCAGUCGUUUGGAAAUGGAGGUCCAAAUCCAGGGCUUUCUGGUCCUGGGAGCAGCCAGCGUGGAGCUAUUGAUGGUGGGGCUGAAAUAGAUCCACUUUCCGGAGUUGGUAGUGGAAUGGGUUUCAAUGCUCCUUCAUCAUCAUUUGUACCGUCAAGUAUGGUAAGUCCUGGUCCAUCUGGUCAAGUUCAGGGACAGCAAUUUUCAAAUCCUUCUGGCAAUCAGUUGUUACUGGAUCAACAGCAACCCCAACAACUUGAAGCUCAAAGUGUCCAGCACAGUCAGCAACCUAUGCAACAGUUCCCUGCCCCACAUAAUACCCAGGUGCAGCAGCAACACCAAUUUCAGCCAAUUCGUGGAGGAAUAGGGAGUGUUGGGCCUGUCAAGUUGGAACCUCAGGUGACAAAUGACCAACAUGGAGCACAGCAGCAACAGCCACAGCAACUGCAGCCAUUUAGAAAUCUUGGUCCAGUAAAAUUGGAACCUCAACAAAUUCAGUCUAUGAGAAGUUUAGCAACAGUAAAAUUGGAACCUCAACAUUCAGAUCAGUCAUUGUUUCUGCAUCAACAGCAGCAGCAACAACAACAGCAGUUCCUUCCGAUGUCAAGGCAGACUUCUCAGGCCGCUGCUGCUGCAACAAUUAAUCUUUUACAUCAACAAAGACUGUUGCAGAUGCAACAACAACAUCAUCAACAGCAACUCUUGAAAGCAAUGCCACAGCAACGACCUCAAUUAGCACAGCAAUUUCAACAGCAGAAUUUGCCUCUGAGAUCUCCUGUGAAAGCAGGGUAUGAACCGGGGAUGUGUGCUCGUCGACUCACACAUUACAUGUAUCAGCAACAGCACAGACCUGAAGACAACAAUAUUGAGUUCUGGAGAAAAUUUGUGGCAGAGUUUUUUGCUCCACAUGCAAAAAAGAAGUGGUGUGUUUCUAUGUAUGGAAGUGGCAGGCAAACAACUGGAGUUUUUCCUCAGGACAUAUGGCACUGUGAAAUUUGCAAUCGCAAGCCAGGCCGUGGCUUUGAGGCAACUGUUGAGGUUCUUCCCAGGCUUUUUAAAAUCAAAUAUGAAAGUGGUACCUUGGAAGAACUUCUUUAUGUUGAUAUGCCACGUGAAUAUCAAAACUCAUCUGGUCAAAUUGUCUUGGACUAUGCAAAAGCAAUACAGGAAAGUGUUUUUGAGCAACUUCGUGUUGUUCGGGAUGGUCAGCUACGGAUAGUCUUCUCUCCAGACUUGAAGAUAUGCUCUUGGGAAUUUUGUGCACGGCGCCAUGAAGAGCUUAUCCCUCGAAGAUUGUUAAUACCACAGGUCAGUCAGCUUGGUGCUGCAGCUCAAAAAUACCAGGCUGCUUGUCAAAAUGCAUCAUCUAAUUUAUCCGUUCCAGAUUUGCAAAAUAAUUGUAACAUGUUUGUUGCAUCAGCUCGGCAACUUGCAAAAGCUUUGGAAGUGCCAUUGGUGAAUGAUUUAGGAUAUACAAAGAGAUAUGUGAGGUGCCUGCAGAUAUCUGAAGUGGUAAAUAGCAUGAAAGACUUGAUUGAUUACAGCCGUGAAACAGGGACUGGGCCUAUGGAGAGUUUGGCCAAGUUCCCUCGGAGGACAAGUGUAUCAUCUGGGUUUCAUAGUCAAGCUCAACAGCCUGAGGAACAACUACAACAGCAGCAGCAGCAAACAAUGCCCCAGAACUCAAACAGUGAUCAAAGCUCUGUACAAGCUGUUGGAAUGCAAAUUGCUGCUAGCAAUGGCGUGUCUACUGUAAAUAACUCCCUCAGUACGGUAUCUGUGUCUACUUCUGCCGGUGCUAUUGCUGGGCUUCUCCACCAAAAUUCUAUGAAUUCAAGACAACAAAAUUCAAUGAAUAACGCAAGCAGUCCCUAUGGAGGAAAUUCUGUUCAGAUUCCAUCUCCGGGUUCCUCUAGCACGGUUCCGCAGGCACAAUCUAAUCCUUCUGCUUUCCAAUCACCAACACCCUCUUCAUCUAAUAAUCCCACACAAGCAUCUCAUAGUGCCUUAACAGCUCCCAACCACAUUGGUCCUACAAACUCACCAGCAAAUAUUCCCUUGCAACAACCAGCUCUUUCUGGUGAGGCUGACCAUGGUGAUGCUCAAAGCUCUGUUCAGAAAAUCAUACAUGAAAUAAUGAUGUCAUCCCAAAUGAAUGGCACAGGUGGUAUGGUUGGGGUUGGUUCUUUGGGGAAUGAUAUGAAAAAUGUUAAUGGGAUUUUGCCAACAAAUAACAAUGCGGUUCUCAAUGGGGGAAAUGGCCUAGUAGGGAAUGGGACAGUCAAUAAUUCUGGAAUGGGGGGUGGUGGAUUUGGCACCAUGGGCAGUGGACUUGGGCAGUCUGCCGUGGUUAAUGGAAUUAGAGCUGCAAUGGGCAGUAACUCUCUGAUAAAUGGACGGGUUAGUGUGCCAUCUAUGGUUCGAGACCAAAGCCUGAAUCAUCAACAAGAUUUGGGGAACCAACUGCUUAAUGGCCUAGGAGCAGUUAAUGGUUUUAAUAAUCUUCCGUAUGAUUGGAAACCUUCCCCUUGAAGGCGCUAUCAAUGAUACUGGUGUUUCAGUUCGUGAUUUUAGCUGCUUGUGCAGCAUGAGCGUGGGCAUAAUUUCCUACAGCCCUGUGAAGAUGGCAUUUCACGGUGGAAUAGUUUCAGGGCUAAUUUCCCACUUUGUACUAAUUUCAGGAAAAAGUAAAACAUAUAGCAUAGUGUUUUAUCAAUGAAAUGUUAAAUUCUCUUCGAGUUGCUUCA